UUUCGCUUCUCGAAAAAAAAACACACACACACACGCAUACACUUUUUCUUCUAUUUUCUAUUUUGUUCCCUCUUAAUACUUUUAUAUAACAACCCUUGCUGUUCUCUCUCGAAUUAUCUUUAAAUCGUUUAAGAUAAAAUAAAAUAAAAAAAAAAAAGAAAGGAGAAGAGAGGAACACGAUCGCAAAAAUAUCGAAUUUCAAUGAGAAAAUUCGAUGAUAUAAAUGGAAGGAGUAGAAGAAGGGUGGAGGAGAAGGGGCUUCAAGUGAUUCGAAAAAACUCGAAAUCGAAGUUACCUUACUGUCGUCUACGUUCGAUCCUUUUCACGAAAUAAAAAAAGAAUUGGAAAGAGGUAAAGAAAGAAGUGGGAAAAAGAUUUUGGUGAAAGAAGAAGAAGAAGAAAAAGAGGAAGAAGAAGCAGAAGAAGAAGGAGAAGAAGGAGAAGAGGAAGAGACGACACACGUUCGAAAGGGUCUCUCUUCUACGUAGAAGACACCGGGUGGAGGCGAGAACGCAAGAGGGAGAAAAACUUGGGUGAAAGAGAGGGGAGAAAGAGAAGCAGAAGAGAGAAAGAGAGAGAGAGAGAGAGAGAGAGAGAGAGAGAGAAAGAGUGAGAGAGUGAGAGAGGAGGAGUCAUCGUAGUAACACCGGCACCGUCUCCUCUCUCGUGGCUUCGUGCUUGUCUCGGAAUUAGUGAGUAGACAGAAUUAUGUCCGUGAGGAAGGCGGCACGACGUCUCAGUCGAGACCUACUGCUCGGCCGGUGCACACGACGCACAUAAAGAGAGAAAGAGAUCAUCCUGCAGAGGAAAUAGAAAAAGGAUAGGAAGAAAAGGGAAGGUAGAAGAGGAACAAAAGGAAGAGAGAGAGAGAGAGAGAGACAAAAAAAAAGGGGAAACUCUUUUUGGCAAUAUUCCCUAACUCGUAGGAACAUCGCGAGAGUCUCUUUGCCUUUUUAAUUGGGGUUUGGUUCUUUUUUUUUUCUACCUUGUUUUUUUUCUUUUUUUUUUCUUUCCUUCUUUUCGGUUGUUUUAUCUUUUCCAUACGCGACACAGAAACUUUUUGCUAAAGUUCGAGACGAAUGAACUAAAAUAAGAGUGAAAAUAAAUAGAAAAGCAACGCGACUUCGAAUUGUCGACCUGUGGACCUACUACUACUACUACUACUACUACUACUACUACUACUACUACUACUAUCAUACGACAUCAGUUUUGCUAACCGUUUGCGUACCAGAACAACGAGUGUUUUACUCUUUCACCUGGUGCUGACAAAGUUCUAAAUACGCGCGCGCGCGUGCGCCCGCGCUUUUCAUCUACACCACGCGCAUGCACUUACGCACACUUUCGAUCGAGAUCGAUUAAAAAUACUCUUCUAAAUUUAAGAGUAAUCAGAGAGAGAGAGAGAGAGAGAGAGAGAGAAAAAGUUAUAAAUAGAGAGGAUGCUCUUUGAAUCAUUGCCGAGUUGUUGACGAGAUAGGUACACUACUACGUCUAUCUAAUUUGAGAUUUUGCAAAUAAUUCAAGAGAUUUAGUUAAUAUUUGGUAAAGAUGAUAUCGAAGUGGAUAAUCGUUUUGUUAUUGGUGAUGAAUAUCGUUGUAAGUGGUUGGUCCCAUGGGAAUCCGCAUCAUCAUAUUCGUCGUCAUAUAUCUAAUAUCAAUAGCAAUAAUAAAGAUCAUUCCAAUGAACAAAUGACCGAUCGUUUUUAUACGAAUAAGGAUAAUGAAUCAACGGGUGGUGUCGGUGAAAAGGCCAGAGAAAUAAUGAAAGCCGGAGAAGGCAAAGUUUCCGUACCGUUUAAACAAAGUAAACUUGAGAAAAUGUUGGAAAAAGCAAUAAUAAAGAUAAUCAUGGGUAAUCUUACUAACGCCGAUCUGAAUUUGUUGAAAAGUAUGAAUUACAGUUGGAGUGAGAUUUCAGCGAUUCGCACCAACGAGCUCGCUAAACAAAAGGAAGAGAAAAAACGGGAGGAAAUGAUGAAAUUGGAAAAAAUUAAAUCGAAGGGGAAACAUUUCGAUAAGAAAAAAAGGGAAAAAUUGGAUGAACAAUCGACCGGCAACGAGGAUUUCGAUUUUGAUGCUUUCAAUCGACAAGCUGUGCUUGAUUACGAAAAUCUUCCCGCGGAAUUGGAUCUUCAACAGACUCGGGCCUAUCCUGGUAACAACGAUUACGAUGACAACAGCGACGAUGGUAACAAUUCCCCGUCUGACGAUUUUCAUCGUAGUUUUGACAAGGCAAUGGAACCGCACGUGGUAUUCAAGAUACGUUACGACGAUUCCGAAUUCGAUUCUUCCAGUUCCGAGGAAAAAUCAAAGAUAAUUCGAAAAUUGCCGGGUGAUCGUAACUUUCCCAACACGAAAGAAAAUUCAUUUACAAACACUGCUAAUUCCUUUCCCUAUUUUACCUCCGGUCCUCCUCUUCCACCUUCUCCUCCUUCCUCUUUAUCUUCUUCAUUAUCACCUUCUUCCUCUACUUCUUUGUCCAUGUUAUCUCAGGCUCGUAUAAUCAAUGAUCAAUUACACAAAUUCAACGGAAGAAAAUUAAGUUCCUCGGAAAAGCCGAAACGUUUCGAUACGAUCAAUCACGUGGAAGUACGAGAAACUCAUUCGGACGAUUCCGUCGACCUGAAAGAUGUUAAUUUAUCGAAAAAUUCUGCUGACAACGUCGAUGAUAACGUCACCAACGAUCCACAAUUAAAACAAGAAGAUUCUACUGGCAAAAAAAUCAACGACGACGGGGUAUCGGGUGCUUCGAAAUCUUCGGUCAAACGUAUCAGCGAAUACGAAGGUUUGGAAUGGGUCGAAGACGAUGUUUAUCGAGUGAUACCAUCGUUGGCGAAUACUCUUGCAGAUUACCCGAACGUAGAAAACAACGAAUCGUCGUUGAAUUACGACGAUGAAAUUCUUUCUUAUUACAUACAAAAUACAACCCGUUGCAAGGAAAAUGAAAACGACAAGGACACAGCCGAAUAUCAAAAUGACAAUUCUGAAGCAACCAAACUCAUAAUGGCUAACACCAAUUCAACGCCGGUGGACAAUCAAUCGUUUGGGUCUUAUCAGCAGAUGCUUCAAGCUCAUCGAAAAGAAGGAAACCUAACAUCAACCUUCGACAGUCAAGGACAGAAAGCGAUCGAAGAUAUAAAAUCAAGAGUAUUGGCACUAACGGGAAGAUUCAAUUUAAGUUCGAACGCGAAUAAGGUUCAACGUGAAAAACUGACAAUGUUCUCGCCUACUUGUCAAAUACCGCGUAAUACGGAUCAGGAAGCUUGGUCGGAUCCGUUCUUGAUGAACAUGCACUUUCGAUUGAAUCUGACGUGGGGGGAGCACGUGAUCGCUGCGAAAUUGAGGAUCUACAAAUUGCCGCAGGACAAUGUUACGUUUUCGUCAACGAGUGAUAGCAACGUGAACGAAUCAGAAGAGGAAGAUGAAAAGAGGAUCAGAAUAUCGGUCUAUCAUUACGCGAAAUCCUUGAAAAAACAUCGAGUAGCAAGGAAACGUUUGAUGGAUUCCGUGGUGACUCCAUUAACGAACGUUGGUACUCAUUUGGCACUAGACGUACGACAGGGGCUUAAAUUUUGGAGAGUAAACCCAAGAAAUUCACAUGGUAACCUUACCAAUCACGGUCUGGUAAUUCAGGUGGAAGAUCAGGACGGUAAACCGCUCAAACCGGCCCUUUACAUUCAGGAGCCGUCUUGCCCGGACGGCAACGACGAUCAGAAGGCAUGCGACCACUUACCUGCACUUUUCGUCCGAGCCUGUACUCGUUACGUUCGCGUCGUAAACGGCGAAACGGUCACGUAUAUGAAUUGCAGGCACUAAAGGUGCCAGCGAGUAGAGUCAGGGUUGAUGAUCGCGAUGGUUCAAGAAGAAAAGAAGGAAGAAGAAGAAGAAAAAGAGGAGGAGAAGAAGAAGAAGGAGCAGAAGAAAAUGAGACAACGAAAAAAAAAAAUAGAGUUAAAACAAACGUUUACACUGUGUAAAUGUUACGCAGAUGUAAAUUCUCAACUGCAUACACUAACGCCACCCCUCCCCCACGUCCAUCCCUCACACACACACACACACACACACAUUUCAUAUUUUUGUAAAUGGUUGAACUUUCGAUUUAGGGUAUUACACAUAUAUAUUUUUUGAUACCAGUUUAGAGUUCGAAAGGGAUCGUAUGAGACUGACGUGCCUACGUAGCGAUUAAGUUUUAUGGGAGAGAUAAAAAAAUCAGGAUAUAAACAUAGAACAACGAAAAAAAAAAAAAAACAAGAAGG